AUGGCCGGUUCAGAGCUCACGGGUGCCCCCAGUUUCAUGGCCCAUCCUGAUACACUGCUCGGGAUGCCCUUAAUUGACGACCCGAUCGAACGAUUUGUCUCGGUGGUCAGAUUUUACCUUAGUGGGUGGCACAUCAGACCUGCUGGCGUCAAGAAACCCUUGAAUCCAAUUCUUGGGGAGACAUUUACUUGCUGGUGGGAAUAUCCGGACAAGACACGAGGCUACUACAUCGCUGAGCAGACGUCGCACCAUCCACCCAAGUCGUCGUAUUUCUUCAUGGCGCCGCACCACCAUAUUCGCGUUGAUGGUACUUUGAAACCACGUAGCAAGUUCCUAGGCAAUUCGGCCGCCAGCAUGAUGGAAGGCAUAUCAUAUUUAAGAUUUACCAACAGAGGAAAGUCCAAGGGCGGUGAAAAGUACAUCCUGACACAACCCAAUAUGUACGCCCGGGGAAUUCUUUUCGGCAAGAUGAAGUACGAAUUGGGCGACCAUUCCUACGUCCGAUGUCCAGAAACUGGGCUGGCGGCGGACAUCGAAUUCAAAACCAAGGGCUGGGUCGGAGGCACCUACAAUGCCAUUGGAGGGUCCAUCAAAAACGAGCGGACGGGGGAGGUUCUUUAUGAACUGUCAGGCUUUUGGUCCGGAGAGAUGAUCAUCAAGGACACCAAAACUGGACAGAAAAAGACGCUCUUUGAUGCCACCCAUGCCAAACACGCCCAACCGUUGACACGGCCACUCAAAGAACAGGGAGAACGCGAAUCCCAAAAACUUUGGAAGUCGACAGUACAAGCAGUGCACGUGAGGGAUCAUGAAGCUGCUACAACCGAAAAAGCAAAAAUUGAAGAUCGCCAGAGAGAAGAGGCUAAACGGAGAGAAGAGUUGGGUGUUGAGUGGAAGCCCAAACUGUUCCGAAGAGUGGAUUCUCGACCAGGAGGUUGUGAAGAAGGCGAGGAGGAUCUGGAGUGGAUUAUAAAUGCUCACCUGGAUCCAAAGAUCGGCCCACAAGAACUAGUGGAGCGGAUUCUUUCGAUAGCUCCUAUACUUCCUGGCCAAGUUGAAAAUUCUGAACAAGACACGAGGCGUUACUCUCAUCAUCAUCAUCAUCAUCAUCCUCAUCCUCAUCCUCAUCCUCAUCCUCAUCACGCAGACGAAUCUCACGCAGCAGCAGGGCAUUCUGGCCAUGGUCACCUGCACGCCUCAGACAACCUGAUCGAUUUCGAUUCACGGCCACCAAGCACAGCACCGCCGGAGAACCAUGCCAUAAAGCCCAUCUCACAAGCACAACAGACCGCACAACAAAAGACAGCAAAUUUGAUGGAUGAUGACAACGACUUGUCACACAUGAACAAUCAAAUGUCGAAAAUGAACAUGCAUGAAGCAAUGGUGCCGGAGGGUCAGAAGCCGCUGAGGAGGGCCGACACUGACACUAGCGAAGUUGAUGUGUUUGUUGAUGCAGAAGGCUGA